UCCCCUUGUGACUGAUGUGUUAGCAUGCCUAGGUGAAGGCUCUAUACCAGCAUGUCUUCCUACCAUAGGAAUAUUGGCUACAAAGAGGAUGAUGAUUAUCCUGGCUAUCCAGGGUCUCAGAACUAUACUCAGGGCUAUUUGAAAACUCAGAAUUAUCAAGAAUUUCCAGGUUCUCUGGACAGUCCAAACUCCUACCGCACCAGGAGCAAUCCAUAUUCUUCAGACUCUAGAACAAAUCCAGACUAUCCCGGCUCUCUAGCAGAACCAGACUAUCCAAGAACUCUGAGUAACCCAGAAUAUCCCAACAGCAGGAGUAACCUGAACUCUGCAGAGUCCAGAAGAAGGCCAGACUAUCAUGAGUCUUUACCAGAGCCAGACUAUACUGACUUCCAGAGCAAUCCAUACCAUGCAGGUUCAUCCAGACAGCCUGACUACCUUGGGGCUCAGUCCUAUCCUGGUUUUUCAGGAUCCGGAAGCAGUGGAAACUAUGCAGGCUCCAGAAUCAAUCCAGGUUAUUUGGGAUCCUUGGAAGAACCAGACUACCCAGAAGCUCAAGGCAGCUCCGAUCCUCAUGUCCCCAGAGUCAACUCCAGAAGGGAUGUAGGCUAUGCCAGGUCCAGAAUCAAUCCCCACCUAGACAUGCUGGGGAAGCCUGAUUACCCAGGUGCUGAGAAUCAACCAAACUCUCCCCAUUUUUAUGGAAAUCCAGACUAUCCUGGCGCCGAGGACCUGCAGAAUGCUCCAGACUUUUGGGGAGAACCUGAUUAUCUAGAUGCUAAAGAUGGUCAUGGCUAUGGCUCUUCCAAGACCCCAGAAAUCACCAGGAGGAGCAAUGACCCCUUGAAUGUGCUUGGGAGACAGAAUGAAGAUUACCAUGAAAGCAUAGAAAUGGCAUCCAUGGAGAUGGCAGGUCCACAGGGCCACGUUCUGCCAGGCAAUCCUAGAAAUGGCUAUGUGAAUGCUGCUUAUGUGAGAGGAAAUAGCCCUGAAUGUGCUGAUGGAAGCCUGCUGCUGUCUGAACGUGAUUGGCACAAGUCACCCCAAGGACAAAGGCUGAUUGCAUCCCUGCUUCCCAUGACAUCUAGAGACAGAAUCAAAACCAUCCGGAACCAGCCGAGGACCAUGGAAGAGAAAAGGAAGCUUAGGAAAAUAGUUGACAAGGAAAAAAGUAAACAGUCCCACGGUAUCCUGGGAGCCACUGGCUGUGCUCAGUGUCUGAACUCACUUUCUCUGGCUUACCGCAGAUCCAAAAGCAGCCUUUCUGAGCUUUUCAAUUCUGUCAGCUUGUGGCAAAAGACGCUUAAGGCCAUCGGUGGCAAGUUUGGAACCAGCGUCCUGUCCUACUUCAGCUUUCUGAGGUGGCUCCUGAGGUUCAAUAUUUUCUCAUUUGUGGUGAUCUUCAGCUUCAUCGUCAUCCCCCAGUUCACUGUGGCUGAGAAGAACACACUCCAGUUUACUGGGUUGGAGUUUUUAAGCGGGGCGGGUUAUUUUGGAGACACGGUGAUGUACUAUGGGUUUUACACCAACACCACGAUCCAGCAUGGGACAGGGGCUUCCUACAACAUGCAGCUGGCCUACAUCUUCACAUUCGGAGCCUGCCUGGUCACCUGCUUCUUCAGUCUGCUGUUCAGCAUGGCCAAGUAUUUCCGGAACAACUUCAUCAACCCCCACAUCUACUCCAGAGGGAUUACUAAGCUUGUCUUUUGCUGGGACUUCACUGUUACCCACGAAAAAGCUGUGAAGCUGAAACAGAAGAAUCUGAGCACAGAGAUAAGGGAGAACCUGUCCGAGAUCCUUUUGGAGAAUGCCAGACUUACAUUCCACCAGCAGCUGACCCGUUUCUCUGCUCAUGUGGCUGCCUGGCUUGUCUCUACUGGAGUGGCCGCUGCCUGCUCUGCAGGCGUGUACUUCUUGGCUGAGUAUAACUCUGAGUUCUUGAAGACGCACAGGAACCCUGGGGCAGUGCUGUUACUGCCUUUUGUGGUGUCUUUAAUCAACCUGGUUGUGCCGCGCUUCUAUUCCAUGUUCAGCCUGGUGGAGAAGUACGAGAUGCCCAGACACGAAGUCUACAUCCUCCUCAUCCGGAACAUCCUUCUGAAGAUUUCCAUCGUUGGGAUUCUUUGUUACUAUUGGCUCAACAUUGUGGCUUUGUCUGGUGAAGAGUGCUGGGAGACCCUCAUUGGCCAGGACAUCUACCGGCUCCUCCUCAUGGACUUUGUGUUUUCUUUGGCCGAUUCCUUACUGGGGGAGUUUCUGAGGAGGCUCAUUGGGAUGAAGUUCAUCACAAGCCUUGGCUUACAGGAGUUUGACAUUGCCAGGAACGUUCUAGAACUGAUCUAUGCGCAAACUCUGACCUGGCUCGGAAUUUUCUUCUGCCCUCUGCUACCCUUUAUCCAAAUGAUAACUCUCUUCAUCAUGUUUUAUGUCAAAAAUAUCAGCCUGAUGAUGAACUUCCAGCCUCCAAGCAAAGCCUGGCGGGCCUCGCAGAUGAUAACAGUCUUCAUUUUCUUACUCUUCUUUCCGUCCUUCAUGGGAGUGCUGUGCACUCUAGCCAUCACCAUCUGGAGAUUAAAACCUUCGGCUGACUGUGGCCCCUUCCGUGGUCUGCCUUCCUUCAUUCAAUCCAUCUACAGCUGGAUUGACACCCUCAGCAAGAGGUCUGGCUACCUGUGGGUCGUCUGGAUCUAUCAGAAUCUCAUUGGAAGCGUGCACUUCUUUUUCAUUCUCACCCUCAUUGUCUUAAUCAUCACCUAUCUUUACUGGCAGAUCACAGAGGGAAGGAAGAUCAUGAUCCGGCUGCUCCAUGAACAGAUCAUUAAUGAGGGUAAAGAUAAGAUGUUUCUGAUAGAAAAGUUGAACAAGCUGCAGGAUAUGGAGAAGAGGACCAACCCCAACGCAUUUAUCCUGGAGACGAGAGAGGUGGAGGAACAAAACCCUUUGCAUUUGGUGGAACACGAUGCUUCUCCUGACCUGCGAUUUAGGCGAUCAGUACAAGAAGUGAAUCCAAGGGCUUGCUGAUCACUAGACGCUGUGACAGCCAGACACCAACCAAAAAAGGAAAGAAGAUAAAAUUGGGACAAUUCUAUAACAGCUGGGCCUCAGACCCCUCCCAGAGGUGGAAUCCAAGCCUUGAGUCAUGAGAGGAAACUGACCCAUGACAUGAAUGGCAAUAUAAAAUUGGGCACACUCUCCUCUCUUUCCAACCUGGAUUGCUGAUUUUCUCAAGACAAUAAUAUUUGGAAGUUUUCAAUAAAAAUGGUUUAAAUAUU